AUGGGGAAUUCCACUGAAAAUACGUGAGUUAAAUAAAACUUCCGGUUUCACUUUCAACAAAAAAAUUUGAAAUGUGAAAUAAAGUUUUAAACAUGAAUAUAACUGAACUCUCAUUUCCGAGAAAAAUUUGUCAUUCUAGAUUUUUUUCAGUUUGACAUCACUUCCCUCUUGUCACAAUUUCAACGGCUUGGAAAAUGCUGCAAAUUUGAACUAUCAAAAAACCGUUGAUUUGUUCAUUGGAGCAGCUUGUGAUGAAGGUUAUUUUUAACCAUAGAUACUUUUGUAUAGAUCAUUUUCAGAAACUCAAACGAUUUCUCGUCUCGCACUUCGAUGGCACAAAAUUUAUUUAUCAAGUGCACUUUUGAGUACGAAAGAGAAAGAGGAAACGACGAUUGCCUUGAAACCGCAUAGUUUGACAGGAACUGCUGAAGUUAUUUUAGCUGUUUGUAAAUCGAUGGGUUGGAAAGAGGUGCGGGAAUAAUGCUCUUUGAUAGAGGAAAAAAAGAUUUCCCAAAUAUUUUCUCGAUUAAUCACUUCAAAUGUUAUUUUUUAAAGAUUGGAUUUAUCCAUUCGGAAGAGACAAAAUAUAACGUGCACGCAAUUUAUGAUAUUUUGAGUGAACAUGUUGAUGAGCUAAAGAUUAAUGUGUUUUUGCAAACUGAUGGGCAUACGAACACUUAUACGAUUCUUCAUAGCACACGAGUUAUCUUCUCAUUUUUGACAAUCAAACAUUUGGGAACUUUCAUCAAAACAUUGAAGGAAAAAGCAGAAAGACCGCUAGAAUAUCCGAUUGUUCAUAUUGAUUUCAACAAGUGAGUUUGGAUUGAGAAAAUUCCAGAAAAUAAUCGGACAACGUUUUUCAGAACUACACCACAAUCAAUCUAUGAUACUUUGGAUAACUUGGCUUAUGAAGAAACUAAUCCAAUUACAGUUGCAAGAUUGAGAAAACUUCAUAAACAUGUUUCGAUACUUUAUAAUAUUCAUGAUGAUCAGACAAGAAUGGAAGCUUUCGCCAAAAAAGCAUAA